AUGGAACCCCACGACGCCGACACCCUCGCCGACACCGUCUUAUCCCUAUUCAAAGAGCGAGACCUACCCGUGAAGCGCGACGCAAUAGUCUCAGCUCUGGAAGACUUGGCCUCAACCACAGCCACAACCACAGCUUCAGGCCCAAACAAUGCGCAAUGGGUGUCAACACAUCUGCACCCCGACACCCUUCUCUCACAAGAAGAGCUAGCACUGUACAACAAACUUUCACAGACAGGCAAUCUUCAUCCAAUUCUACGUGACCCCAACCUCGAAGCCACGCGACCCUUUUUAGAAACCGAUAUUCGAGCAGCGAUUCAAUCCCUCGAAACCUCUACUGCUACGAUUCAAAAACAAUCAGAUACACUCUCGCGACAAUGUGACAUUCUCAGAAAACAAUUUCGUCAGCGGGAGAGUUUGGAUGGAGAUCGGGGCGGGAUAUUAUGCGAUUACGGAAGAAGCAUGAGGUUGGGAGACAGAAUACAAUUAUUGCGGUGCGCAAACGAACUUUCCGACGAUCUCGAAGCAAGCUUCAGGAGCGCGACAGAAUCAGCCGGUGUCGAAAACAAGAGGAUUCUCUCCAUACUAUCCACCCAGCUAAAGCAGGACGAUAAAAGCCUCAAUUAUCUGGAGAAUCUCAUGUCCAGCAUCAAGUUUAACAGCAAUGAUGCUGAUACGGUUAAGCGGACGGGUCAACUCAGUUCGGUACUUGCGGACUAUGUGGCUGAAGAGAUCCACGAUCGGUUGGAUAGGUUGUAUCUUGAGGAAAUUGAAGCUGGAGAGUCUGCUUCUGAUUCUGCAAUAAACCAGAACCAGGCUUUGACUUCAAGUGAAUCAGAGACGAUCGCCGCCUUGGAAGAAGAAUUAGGAUCCCUGUUCCCGGAAAUCGAAGUGUUGGCUGAAAUGUCGACUCGUCAAGAGUUUCAGGAGCCUAUUCUUCGAGAGAUUCAGAAUGAACAUAGUCAGCUUCGAGUUGUGUCUCAUCAAAAGUUGGAAAAGGUCCUCGAUAGUAUGGUCGAUAUGACAUUAUCCAAACAAGAUCUAAUCAAACAGCUCGGGGAACGGGGCUCAGCAAACGAAGUACUAGAACAACUAGCCAACUUAUACCAGGCAGAAACAGCCAUCCCACUCGUGCCACAACCCUCUUCUCGACGCGAGUCACUGAGACGGCGCUCGCUACAACCAGGCAUGCUUCUCUCCGCUGCGCGUAACCCGGGCUCAGGCUCAGGUUCCGACUCCUCUAUCCCCGAUCAACAACAACCAGAAUUGGAAAGCGUCCUCCGACACGUCGGGCUAGCACCCGAAUCGGUACUCCGUCCGCGGGCGAACGGGGAUGGAGGAGAGGGUGGCGGUGCUCAAGGAAUGCACGAGAAACGAAUUCAAAUGGCAGAGGCACUAAGGAGUCUUGGCACUGCGGUGAACUCACCACUUGUGGGACAAUUAGCCUUUUCUGACCACGCGAUGCGGCUCUUGGACUCGUCGUUGCAUGCGAAUUCCCGGUUUGAGACUUCGUUGUCGGAUUCGGGGCAAUUGGAGGCUCUUAGGGCUUUGGAGGGUGAUCUUGCUGAGCUCCAGAAGGGUGUUAGGGGGGUUGAUUUGGAUGUUUUGCACCAACGGGAUAAAGUACGGGCUCGAUUGUUAGAGCGAUGGGGUUAG